GCCAGGGCUCAGAUGCCCCCAGAAUCACUUGUCACGAUUGCAGUGUGGCUUUGAAACUAUGCCUCAUCCAGGGCCUGCAGGGGAUUCUAUCACCUGGCCUUGACCUUCACCUCCCUUCCUCUCCGAUGAGCACUAGCCCACAGCUUCAAGAACCCAUCCUAACCUUCCGCCCACACUCAUGACUACUCUGUUCUGUUAAUCACCACUCCAGAUUUCCUUCAAUCAGGCCAGGGCUAGACUUUUCACAAGAGGCGUCUUACAGAAGGAAGGAUUUAUUGGAGCUUAUGGUUCCAGAAGAGUAAGUGUCCGUCAUGGCAGCGAGGCAUAGAAGCAAGCAGCAGGGACAGCAGCUAGAGCCAAGUGCCGGGAGCUCACACUGGGAGCUACAAGGACAAAGCAGAGAGAACAAAGUUUCCCACAGUACCGUGUCCCACGCGGAUGAGCCCAGCCGGCCUGAUGAAGCCUCCUGCCUUACAGUUCGCAUGGAAAACACCUACCAGUUAGGUCCCACGAAAUAUUUUCCCGUGGCCACUGUCAAUCGUAUUUUGAAAGAUGUACUAACUGCCCAUCUACAAGAAGCAAAAUAUGACCCUGAGUCCUGCAGACAGAUGACUAAAACGAUUUCUGAGGUUAUUAAAGCCCGGGUCAAAGAGUUAAUGAUUCCCCGGUAUAAACUAAUUGUGACUGUUUACAUUGGACAACAAGAUGGUCAGAGCAUACUUAUUGGCAGCAGGUGCCUCUGGAAUCCUAAAAGUGAUACCGUUUCAUCCUACACUUUCAGAAAUUCGACCCUCUUUGCACUUGCAAAUGUCUACGCGGUUUACUUUGAGUAACUGAAAAUGAGAAGGACGGUCCCGGUAUCUUAAAAUCAUCGAACAGGCUCUGUCUCUGUAUCCACAAAAGUUCUAUGGGCAAAACCCGUGAGAAAGAAGCAAGACGAACAUGGCAAACAACUAGAAGUUUCCAUCACUCUUGUGAGAACUGGUGGAGGGAGGGGAGCCCAAGAAAGAACCUUGUUUCUCCAAGACAGAAGUUGAAUGUGGUCCACAUAAACAUAGAUGCUGACUAAAUAUUA